AAGCAGAGGUGACAGGACCCAAACCCAGCAGAUAUCAUGGCAGAAGAGCAGAACCGUGACAGCUCCUAUCAGACUCGAGCCUGUCUUCCAACAGCCGAGCUACAGUUUCCUGUGAGCUACCUGGACCGCCUUCUGCAGAAAGAUGAACACGCCCAGCAUCCGAGUUCAUCCACAGAAGAUUUCCUCGUUGCCAUGCUCGACUGCCUUACCGACUACAUCCUGGAGAUGGUAGGCAACGAGGCCACCAAUAGCAGUAGCGUCGCACAAGAUGUGGAGGGAGGAGUGAACAACAACAGAGAGCCCCAGCGCCAAGUGAAGGAUGCGGCCUUCACUCUGUUUGACAAGAUGCCCGGAGGCAGGAAGAACGGCUGAAGCCUGGGUCCCAGAGCCUGGUGGGAGUCCUCAGCCACAGC